AUGUCAAGUUCGGUCCGAAAGAACAACAUGGAACGGAUCAAAGGACCAUGGAGUCCAGAAGAAGACGAACUAUUACAGAGUCUGGUCCAUAAACACGGUCCAAGAAACUGGUCUUUGAUCAGCAAAUCUAUCCCCGGACGCUCCGGCAAAUCUUGCCGUCUCCGGUGGUGUAACCAGCUAUCUCCGGAGGUAGAGCACCGUUCUUUUUCUCCUGAAGAAGACGAGACGAUUCUUAGAGCGCACGCUCGGUUCGGUAACAAGUGGGCAACGAUCUCUCGUCUCCUCAAUGGAAGAACCGACAACGCUAUCAAGAAUCAUUGGAACUCGACGCUCAAGAGAAAAUGCAGCGCCGUUACAUCUGAAGGGCAAAGCUGUGGAAACGGAGGGUAUGAUGGUAAUUUAGAAGAAGAGCAACCGUUGAAGCGUACGGCGAGUGGUGGUGGUGGUGGUGUGUGUACUGAGUUGUAUAUGAGCCCUGGAAGUCCUUCUGGAUCUGACGUCAGCGAGGAAUCUGGUGGUGGGGCACACGUGGUUAGAUCUGGUAUGACGGCGUCAUCGAACGGUGAAGAUUUGGCUACGUAUCUAAGUUUGUCUCUCCCUUGGAGUGACGGUUGCGAGAGGGAGGUGGUUAGAGUCAACGAGUCAACUGAACUAAACGAGGAUGCGGUUAUUGAUUGUGGUUACACGGUGGAGUUGUUUCCGGUUAGGAAGGAAGAGGUGGAAGAAGAGAAAGAGAUGUCAGGAUUUGGUGGGGAGUUCAUGAUGGUGGUGCAGGAGAUGAUUAGGACGGAGGUGAGGAGUUACAUGGCGGAUUUACAGCGAGGGAAUGUUGGUGGUGGUGGUUCUUGUGUGCCGCAAGGUGUAAUGAACCGUCGUGUCGGGUUUAGAGAGUUUAUAGUGAAUCAAAUUGGUGUUGGGAAGAUCGAGUAGAUUGAUAACUCAUAAGUGAGUCUUCAUGUAUAGAGAGCAAGCCAGCAAUGGUUAGAGAGACAAAAGCAAAUUAAAACUCUUUUGUAAUCGUUUUUGUAAUCGUUAUGACCUUUCGUGAUUCAAAUGAAAAGGAAAC